CUCUCGAUAUACCCGCGCACUUUCGACGAUGCCAUACGUACAAUACUUUGAAGCUUUGCGCCUGGCUUCCAUACUCUGCCGUCUUGCAAAAUUUGAACUGCACCCGCACCGCAGUUUCCUGCAAGCCUGCAUCCGGUCCACGUCUAUGUUCGGCCGACUCUUUUCUGUCUUAAAGUCGCACACCCGUACCGAUCAAUUUCGUCCAGAAGUGACGAGGUCAGUCCUACCCGUACUCCAGCUCGUCUCGAUAUGCCUGGGGAAGAUCGACGAGUCUGCAGGUCCAGAGGAGGGGCGAGCUAUCAUGAACACCUUCUCUCGAUCUGGGAUCUUUGAUGCGCUAGAAAAUGUACUUCUGCUGCACUCUUCUAUCACUGGCACGGUUCUACAAUAUGUGUCCUGCGUCAUCAAGGAUGUCUUGGAGACCAUAAUGUUAUUCCCAGAGGCUUACCCUUCCCUUCGUCGCCAUUUUCCUCGACCCCGUCUUCUCCGCGCAUGUCUCGAUAUAAAAUAUUCUCCAAGCCCUGCCGUCAAGAGGUUGUUCCGCGAACGACCGGAAACCGAGCAGUUAUUUUAUCCCGCAUGGUACUUUUUAACUUCUAUCGAAAGGUUGAUCCAAGUCGAUCGACAGUGCAUGCGUAGAGAUUGCCGUAGAAAGCGUGUUUAUGUGUGCAAAGCUUGUCGGACUAUGGAGUACUGUGGUGGGGACUGCCAAAUUCGGGAUUGGCAAGAGCACAAACUGGUCUGCGGAUUCAAGGAUGAUCUGAGUCAAAUAACAGGAGUGGAUCCCAUCCCUCCUCCGCCUCAACGAC